AUGGAUUCGCCAAAUCUCCGUCUCUUGCUUCUUCUCGUGUUUGCUUCCGCCAUUAACGCCCAAGAUCUCUUGCCACACGCGAUCUGUGCCACCACCGGCAACUUCACCGCCAACAGCACCUACCAAACCACCCUCACCACCCUCCUCUCCUCCAUCUCCACCACCAAGUCCGAGCCCCUCAAGUACGGCUUCUUCAACGCCUCCUCUGCCGUCUCCGGCGCCUCCCAAACCAUCUAUGUCAUUGGCUCCUGCCGCGGUGACCUCACUGGCGAGAGCUGCCGCACCUGCCUCGAUGCCUCGGCCUCUGACAUCCGCCGCCUCUGCCCCCUCCAGAAGGAGGCAGUGCUCUACAGCGGGAACUGCACCCUUCGGUACAAAAACGCCUCAAUCUUUGGCGAAGCUGUGGUCGACCCCGACUACCCGUUGUACAACCUGAAUAACGUCUCGAGCCCGGACACAUACAAUGUGGCACUGAGGACGCUGCUGGGUAGGCUGCAGGGCGAUGCCGCAGGUGGCGGCUCACUGAGGAAGUAUGCGGCAGGGAACACCUCAGCAGGGUUCGACGUGAUCUAUGCAACGGUGCAGUGCACACUGGACUUGACGGAGCAGCGAUGCAUGGACUGCCUGGAGUGA